AUGUCUGAGCAACACGGGCACAAUAUUCACCGCGGCGGAGCGUGCAACAACUGCAGACGCAGAAAGAUACGCUGUGAUGGCCUUCGACCAGUAUGUGGACAGUGCCAUAAUCGGCCACCGCGCUCUGGACAUCCUUGUCUUUAUGAGCAAGAGACAUCUCCCGCCUACCAAACCUCUGCGGAGAUGCAACGAACUAUCGGUCGUUUGCGAGCAAAAAUUGAUGAGCUCGAGAAGUCGAACGGGCUUCCGCAAGACGUUCUGUUGCGACAACCCUACGCUCCAUCUGCAAGCCCUGUUCCUGAACCACCGUCAAAUAUCCGAAACUCCUAUAUCAACACCUUCCUGAACAGAUUUGCCAGCAGCGCUUAUUUCUUUCUGGAUGCGCACCACUUUGCUCAAGGCGCCAAUCAAUCCCCUGGCCAUCCUCAUCGCCCCUCAAGUGCCUUGCUCAGCUGCGUUUAUCUUUGGGCUUCGGUGCUAUCCAAUUCAUCUCCCCCCUCCUCGGUGACAUCCUUCACGACCGAUGGGCCAGACGCCGAUACUUUUCUUUUGGCAACUCUAGAACAGCUUCCCGGUGCCAUCAAUCGCCUGUCGUCCGCCCCUCCGGGCUCACAAUUACGUCUGCUCCUCGAAACCAUACAAACCGAGGUGUUAUUGUCGUUCUACUACCUCCACGAAAGUCUCUCUGUCCAGGGACGGUAUCACGCGGGUGCAGCUGCAUCCCUUGCAAUUGGAGCUGGCUUCAAUAAACUGGGUGGUCGCGGUCAUGGCCCUCCAUCCGGAUCUGGCGGACCGCCAUUUAUUUUCGCGCAGCCAACGCAGCUUGGCGGAAGUCCCGCGAUGGAAGGCGCAAGUAUCGCUGCUUUCUGGGCCACGGUCAUCAUAAACAAUGUCUGGGCCGCUGCUCAAGGCGGGCCUGCGCCGAUUUCGUCUUACGGAACAGAAGUGGAUGCGCCAUGGCCAGGUGGACAGCAGGGAGGCUCGACAAUCAAGCGAUUUCUGAACGGACAAGACGUUGACGGGCAUUCUCCGAUUGCCCUGUUGGCAAAAGCGUCGACAUUGGUCGAGCGUAUUGCUGCACUUACCAGUGGCGGUCAAGUCGAUAGCCAGACUUAUACCACCCUUGAUCAGCGGCUCCACGCAUUCCAAGCUGCCCUUCCGCACCCACAAGGGUCAGAGGAGAGCAUCCGCAUCACCCAUCUGUUGGCUGACCUCGCCAUCAUCCGCUUACAUUUGCCACACGCGCAAGGCCAUGCGGGCGUUCGAGGAGCACGACAGAAGGCAAUGGCAGCGGCUGACCGAAUUGCGCUGCUUGCGAGGGAAAUUGCGGGCCUCGGAGAGACAACAGUUGACCCCGUUCUUGGCCCUGCCUGCUCCGCUGCCCACUCAGCCUGUACCCUCGAAAUGAGCGCACUCCGCGCUGGCCCACCAACUAUGGCACAGCAAUAUCAUGCCGUCGAGCAGAGAGUCGAGGGACUGGUCCGGCUUAUGACGCGAUUAGCCGAUAUAAGCCCCAUCAUGCGUCAAUGUCUCGGUUCGGUAAUGACACAAACUGGCCAUGGUCAUCCACCAGGGUAUCGAUGA